UUACAUUUCUCCAAAGGUUCAGCUAAUUCAAUUAUAAAUACUUCUAUAUCAUCUCUUCUCCAACAUUACAUACUCCUCUCGUCCCUGCUUAAUAAUAUAUCAGAAAUCCAUUAUUAAUAUACACUUAUUAAUUAUAUAGACCAACAAUGGCAGUAGGGGGAUUAAGUACAGUUGGAGGAAUUGAAUAUGAAGCAAAAAUCACUCCAAUUGUUGUUAUUUCUUGUAUAAUGGCCGCCACCGGGGGUCUUAUGUUUGGUUAUGAUAUUGGAAUUUCAGGGGGUGUGACAUCUAUGCCGGAUUUCUUAAAGAAGUUUUUCCCAGUAGUGUAUAAAAGGACACAAGAGAAGGGACUAGAUAGCAAUUACUGUAAAUACGACAACGAAGGGCUUCAAAUGUUUACGUCGUCUUUAUACCUGGCUGCUUUGAUUGCCACCUUUGGUGCUUCUUACACAACCAGAAGCCUCGGAAGAAGGCUGACCAUGUUGAUUGCCGGCAUUUUCUUCAUAAUUGGCACCAUUCUUAAUGCUGCUGCUAUCAACUUCGUCAUGCUUGUUCUUGGAAGGCUCAUGCUUGGUUGUGGUGUUGGUUUUGCUAAUCAGGCUGUGCCAUUGUUUCUGUCUGAGAUUGCACCAACAAGGAUUCGUGGAGCCCUAAACAUCUUAUUCCAGCUUAAUGUAACAAUAGGGAUUCUAUUUGCAAACCUUAUAAAUUAUGGGACAGCGAGAAUCAAAGGAGGAUGGGGAUGGAGACUCUCAUUGGGGUUGGCAGGAAUUCCAGCAGUGAUGCUCACACUGGGGUCCUUAUUGGUAGUUGACACUCCCAACAGUUUGAUAGAACGAGGUCGUUUAGAGGAAGGGAAAGCUGUUCUUAGAAAAAUUAGAGGAACUAACAAUAUCGAACCUGAGUUUCUUGACAUCGUUGAGGCCAGUCGUACUGCUAAACUAGUCAAACACCCUUUUAGAAAUCUCCUUCAACGCUCUUCUCGUCCUCAACUAGUCAUCGCUGUCUGCUUACAGAUCUUUCAACAAUUCACUGGAAUUAACGCAAUCAUGUUCUAUGCCCCAGUCCUAUUCAACACACUAGGUUUCGGAGCCGACGCAUCACUCUACUCCGCCGUCAUAACAGGAGCUGUGAACGUUAUUUCCACCGUUGUAUCAAUCUAUUCUGUUGACAAAGUUGGCCGAAGAGCUCUGCUUCUAGAAGCCGGGGUCCAAAUGUUCCUGUCCCAAUCCGUGAUUGCAGUAAUCCUAGGCAUAAAGCUUCAGGAUCAUUCAGAUGACAUGAGCAAAGGGCUUGCCAUUGUUGUAGUGGUCAUGGUAUGCACCUUUGUCUCGGGUUUUGCUUGGUCAUGGGGUCCUCUAGGUUGGCUCAUCCCGAGUGAGAUUUUCCCAUUGGAGACAAGGUCUGCUGGGCAGAGUGUGACUGUGUUUGUUAACAUGCUUUUCACAUUCGUCAUAGCUCAAGCUUUCUUGUCCAUGCUUUGCCACUUUAAGUGGGGGAUCUUCGUCUUCUUUUCGGGUUGGGUUUUGGUGAUGUCUUGCUUUGUUGUAUUUUUGGUUCCUGAGACUAAGAAUGUUCCGAUUGAGGAGAUGACUGAGAUUGUUUGGAAGAAACAUUGGCUAUGGAAGAGGUUCAUGGUCUGAAUUCUUUAUUAUUCGAGGAUUAAUUUAGCUUGUUUUUCAACUUUUAAUUUCUAAUUUUAAAUUUUCUUAUGGAUUUUACAAGUUAUUGUUAUAGCAGUAUUUGUUUUUAUACUGUUCUUAAUUUGUAUCUCUUCAGAUUUUUAUUCGUAAUGAAUUAUUCCUUUUUUCGAUUCUAACA